CUUGAAUGUGCAGUGUUUAUCCUUCCUCUCUCUGGUGCUUCUCACCCUCGUACCGUUUCACUUUCCCUUUCCGCUGCCCCCUCCUUCUCCCCGCCACCCCCCUUCCCUCGCACCCCAUCCCUCUCACGGCGCAGUACCUUCCCUCUCCCCUCCCUCACACGGCGCAGUACCUUCCCGAGCUCCAUUGCGGAGGUUGUUGGGCCUGCGCCAUAUUGGGCAGCCCGAGCAGAAGAGUAGAAAAUAGAGGCUCUUUAUUGCAAGCAUCGGGCGGUCGGAGCAGGCCGGGCACAGGGUACGGCGAGACGAAAUGUCGCAGGCAGUGCAAACCAACGGUGCCCAGCCCCUGAGCAAGACAUGGGAGCUAAGUCUGUACGAACUGCAGAGGACGCCACAGGAAGCAAUAACUGAUGGGCUAGAAAUUGUGGUGUCCCCCCGAAGUCUGCACAGUGAGCUGAUGUGUCCCAUUUGCCUGGACAUGCUGAAGAACACCAUGACAACCAAGGAGUGCUUGCACCGAUUUUGUGCCGACUGCAUCAUAACAGCCCUCAGGAGUGGAAACAAAGAGUGCCCUACCUGUAGGAAGAAGCUUGUUUCCAAAAGAUCACUACGGCCAGAUCCCAACUUCGAUGCUCUGAUAAGCAAAAUCUACCCAAGUCGUGAUGAGUAUGAAGCUCACCAGGAGAGAGUAUUAGCCCGGAUUAAUAAGCAUAACAACCAGCAGGCACUUAGUCACAGUAUUGAGGAAGGAUUGAAGAUACAAGCCUUGAACAGGUUACCAAGAGGUAAGAAACCACAGGUAGAAAACGGGAGUGGAGCCGAAGAUAACGCGGACAGUUCCCAUUGCAGUAAUGCGUCUGUUCAUAGUAACCAGGAAGCAGGGCCCAGUAACAAGAGGACCAAAACAUCAGAUGAUUCAGGGCUAGAGCUGGACACAAACAAUGAGACUGCAUCAAUGGAUUCUGUUUUGGAUGGAGCCAGCGAGAUUGAGUUGGUCUUCAGACCUCACCCAACACUAAUGGAAAAAGAUGACAGUGCACAGACUCGAUACAUAAAGACUUCAGGCAAUGCCACAGUGGAUCACUUAUCAAAAUAUUUGGCUGUGAGGUUGGCCCUAGAAGAAUUUCGAAGCAAAGGAGAGAACAAUCAGAUGAGCCUCAAUGCUGCGAGUGAGAAACAGUAUACUAUAUACAUUGCUACAGCAAAUGGACAAUUUACUGUGCUGAAUGGUUCAUUCUCCUUGGAACUGGUCAGUGAGAAAUACUGGAAAGUAAACAAACCAAUGGAAUUAUACUAUGCACCCACCAAGGAGCACAAAUAACGAGUUGGACCUUUCUUUUUAUAAGCAGUUUUGUUAUAUUCAGAACUCACUUGCAAAUAACGCACUUUUUAAAACCAAGUGUAACCAGUUUGACCCUUGGAUAUUACUCGAGAUUUCUACCACUGCGUACACACUCUUUUUUGCAGUUUUCCUUUAAACAGUGCUUUAAGGUAAGCUUUCAGCAGCAACCAGUACGAAUUAGAGGUGUGUCAAAUCUGUAAUAAAGGGAAUGUUGUGUGGUUUAAAGAAAGAAUGGUGAUUAGUAGCAAACUGACCCAAUCAAGGUACAUAUAUAUCUAGAUAUAUAUUACCUGGAAGCUGCACUAAAACAAUAAAUACCUAUAAUUAAUGCAGUGUGCAUGUUACUAUCCUUGAUUUUCCAUGGUUCAUCCUUGUAAAAGACCCCAAGCAGAAGGCGAAACCUGGGAAAGUGCACACCACACAUUAUUCUGUGUGUAUAUGAUAUAAUUAUAUAUAUAUUAAUAAACAUGGUGCAUUCAACAAAUUACCAGUUGUCGAAUGCAGGAUUCACUGUGUCCCAUGUUACAGGAGAACUAAAUCCUUACUAAAGAAGUAGGGUAGAAAUGUUGUAUGUGCUUCUGUACCAGCCCA